AUGGAGUUACUUUACCUGAAUACGCUUCAAAGCCUUUCACUAGUUGAAGGAAAUCGCUUGGGUCGAAUAGUUAUAGAACUUAAUAACAUUUACCAAACGGAACUCAACGUGUUUUUAGAGUUCGGCAAUGGUGCAGACAUUUUGGAGGCAGUCCAAAGGACUUCUGUACCCACUCUCUGGAUUAGAAAUCCUGAAAAUCAGAAGGUUCUGAAAGGAAACUUCUGUAGUUCCAGCCUUACCAUUUUGUAUCUGGAAGAUGAGCACCUGGAUCGUGGUCUUCACUAUCUUGCAAACUGGUUGUGGGAAUACAAUCACCUCCAAGUGCUAAUAUUUUUUAACGGAGGAUCUUAUGACAAACUUAUAAAAAUAUUCCGUCGAUGUUUCAAUGAAGGUUUAGUGAAUAUACUUGUAAUGCUGUUGGACUCGGAAGGACUCUACACCUUUAUGCCAUAUCAAGAUUUGACCAUUUUAAGCUUAAAAAGUGUUAAGGAGUUCUAUGAUCAUUCCCGUAACAAAAUGGACUUGAAUGGAUAUAACAUCACCAACGGCCUUAUAAUGGCAGGAGCUCCUCGUUGCUUCUCUUUCAGAGAUCGUCAAAAUCGAUUAAAUCUAUCUGGAUAUAUGCUUCGAAUGAUUGUGGAUUUUACAAACCAUUUCAAUGGAUCCCUUCGCUUGGUAAAUGUGGUAACUGUAAAUGAUGGUCUUGAACUUUUAGCAAAUCGCACAAUAGACUUUUUCCCAUUCCUAAUCAGACCGCUGGAAAGCUUUUCAAUGACCAAUAUCCUUUAUCUGGAAAAUGCUGGUCUAAUAGUGCCCACAUCACGACCCUUACCGAAUUGGGUUUAUUUAAUCAGGCCGUAUGCAUUGGACACCUGGAUAACCUGGCUAAUAAUGCUAGUUUACUGCUCCUUUGCUUUAAGGAUUUUCUCAAGAGGACAAAUCAGCCUAAGCGAUGCGUUCUUAAAAGUUCUGCGAUUGGUUAUGUUUCUCUCGGGUAGCAGAGACAUGGGAACUCGACCAACAACUCGUCGCCUAUUCUUCUUUCUCAUAUUAACAACUUCCGGAUUUAUAUUAACCAAUCUUUAUUUGGCACAACUAUCGAGUAAUAAAGCCGCAGGGCUUCAUGAAAAACAAAUAAAUUCUUGGGAUGAUUUCGACAAAUUCGAUGGCAAUUGGCCCUUGAUAGAUGUUGAUAUUACAACUAUGGAAAAACUUAUCCCUGAUCGUACGAAAUUGCUAAAAAAAAUUGUCACUACUUCAGAGGCAAACGUUGAUUUUUAUCGAAGAAAUCUAAACACAAGUUAUAUUCAUUUCGGAUAUUUUGAUCGCCUUGAGUUUGCGCUUUAUCAGCAGAAAUUCCUAAGACUGCCCAUUUUUCGGAAAUUUCCCCAUAUCCUCUACCAGCAACCUCUUCAGAUUUCCGCUGCAUUUGGACGUCCCUACUUGCAGUUGUUUAAUAGGUUUGUUAGAAAAAUAUUUGAAAGUGGCAUUUAUCUGAAAAUGAAGGACGAUGCCUAUCGAAAUGGAAUUCAAAGUGGUUUGCUAAAUUUUGCAUUUCGUGAUCGGCAUUUGGAAGUGAAAUCAAAUGAUGUCGAAUAUUAUUACCUUAUUGCUGGAUUGUGGUUUGGUGGUUUGACUUUGGCUACAGUUUGUUUCCUUGCUGAAUUGCUUAUAGGAUCUGCUAAAAUUAAAGUAACUAUAUAUCGUGUAAAAUAA